UUUUUUUUUUGCUACUCUGGUAGUAAUUUUAUGUAUAUACUUUCGUACAAUCAAUUGUUUUAUUUUGUGUUUAUUGCUGUAAGAAAAUGGAGCCAAUGAACUUGGGGAGCCCAGUAAACAGCCCAGGUGCAAUUGCCGGCGGUGGCAAUAAUCAGAGUCAAUAUUUGCCGCCAUUUCUGAUGGGUGAUCCGCAGGCAUCUAUGACGCCGCACAACAACACAUUGUCACCCAAGCCGGGAUUAGCGCGCGGCUACAAUGUGGGAUUUGUCACCUCACCAGGUGGUGGGGGACCAAGUUCAGGGCAGCAGACGACACAGGCAGAUUUUAGUCGCUCAAUGAACUUGAGUAGCCGCUCUUUGUUUGGUGGUGGUGUAGCGAGUGGAGGAAACGCCUCAGCAAGUAUGACAACCGGCGGCGUUGGCUCAGGCGGUCAUCAGGCUGGACCGCCAACGCAAGGAUUAUUCGAUUCAUUACGGGAUGUCAGCGCCGGAUCUACCCCGCAUCGAAACCAUUUGAUGGGGCUUCAGAAUCAGCAUCAUCUGAAUCAAACAUCAAGUCAACAUAAUUUCAGUCUCAAUCAAAGCUAUCAAAACGAUUCGUUUGCACCCAAUGCUCCGAAUGCCAUAAAUGCCUCAAUGCGUGCCUUGUGUUCGCCCCUGGGGGCAAAUAUGUCGUCCAUCCCGAAUGGAUCUGGUGCUACACCAUCCACUAUGCAAUUUAAACCACGAAGUGCUGAUUUCUGGGUAACGAUUUAUGGCUAUUCACCCGGUGCCAGUUCAAUGAUUCUGCAGCAUUUCACCGUCUGCGGUACUAUAGCCGAAGUGCAGCAUGCCCCACAGAAUGGCAAUUGGAUGCAUGUGCGCUUCUCGUCCCGCAUCGAGAGUGAUAAAGCUUUGAACUACAAUCAAAAGGUAAUUGCCGGCAAUGUUAUGGUCGGUGUGACGCGAUGCACAGAUAAGGCCAUUCUGGAUAAGGAGAAUUGCAAUGCCAAUGCAUUUAACGCAAAUGUAUCUGAGCCAUCCGAUACGCUGGGUUCACCCAAGGUUCGUCCCUUUGCCCAACAAUCGUAUCAGUUGGCACAAAGUGGUAAUACAGUCUCGCCCACAAACAAAAAUGCACCUCAAAAAAGUUCUGGAUUAGUUAACAAGGCAAUGGACAUGAUAUUUGGAUGGUAAAAGCCACAAUGUUUGCAAAUUUAUCAUAGCUCAAAUAAGAUUUAAGCCCAAAAAAAAAAGAACAUUUAAUAAAAGAAUUAACAAUGAAAAUCCGAGAUACGAGCGAGAUAGUUUGAACUACGAAAUGGGUCAUCCACAGCCAAAAAGCCAGUCCCUAGCACGUCAAAAAUCAAUAAAUUUACAAGUAAUAAAUGAA